AUAAAUCUCUCUCUCUCUCUCUCUCUCUCUCUCACACACACACACACACACACACACACACACACACACACACACACACAGCUGCCAACAUGUGCCUUUCAGCAGCUUUCCUCCUGCUGACUCUGUGCGGUUCUGCUGUUGGUCAGUAUCUGUCCAGUUUCAACAUGGCAGGAGUCACCGGGUCGGUCUGGUUUGACUCCAUACAACAGACGGCCACCGUGAACCUCAGUGGUACUGGUGUACAAACAUGCGGCUCCUUCAAUCUGACGCUCACAGAGUUUCCUGUAAUGUAUGGCCAUGUGGCCCAGCCGUGUGAGAAAGCCCACAUAGGAGAGCGUGUGAUCACGUUGUCUGUUAACACUUCUGUUUCUGUACUGAACGUCUCCCAUAUGCUCCAGCAAACGCCCAAUCUGGAAGCUCGCUCUUUAUUGGUAAAGACAUGUAAUGGCAUGAAGGCUUGCGCAGGUGUCAUAGCAGAGUCGAAGGUCACAACUUGGCAGGCUCGGUUCUUUAGUGUCGUGGCUGGGAAUAUCUACUUCCGGCAGAUAAUAGGGCAACCAAAUGCCACACUUCUCUCCGACCUGGUCAGUCUGAACCAGAAUAACCACUCUUUUGCUAAUGUGACUGUUUUUCUAUCUCAGAGUUCUGCUGCUAGCUGUGAAGUUUUGCUGGGCAGCCUGAACCCAAACAGUUUGAUAAAGUUGGGCCAGCUGAUGGUAGGCACUCCUCUUGUACCUGUCAAAUCACGUUUAGAGAUCCCAUCUUUUGAUGCUGGAUUUCACUUUGCUCUCAUCAGUCUCAGCUCAGAAUAUACAUGCGCUGAGAUCCGAACCUUAGAACCAAAGGAAGUCAGUGCUCUGAUAGACAUGAGAGGCGUCAAAGGCUACAUCACCUUUUACCAGCUGUCUCCUUUUGACCUUACAACUCUCUCUGUGAACCUCACCAACCUGAACAGAAGGGUUGGGUCAUACCAUGUUCAUCUGUUUCCCACCCCGCAGAUGAGGUCACCCCCUGAGAGUACCUGCAGCAAUGACAAUGUUGGGGGCCACUGGAAUCCCUUUGAUGUGGACACUCAGCCGUCUGUGUAUCCCCCACCUCCUGGCUCAACCCAUGACCAGUACGAAAUUGGAGACCUCAGUUCCAGACAUGGAUCUUUAAGUAAUGCAGAUAACAUCCAGGUGAGUUUCACCGACUGGAAUCUGCCACUCUUUGGACAGAACAGUAUUGUUGGUCGUUCAGUGGUUCUGCACCAGCCUGAAGGUACAAGGUUUAUCUGCUCAAGCAUUGGUUAUCCUGGGGAAGUGAUCACAGCUAGGGCCAUCUUCCAGAGCCCAGUGGUAGGGACGAUCCUGUUCACCCAGUUGAAAGGAAACCCUUACUCAGACGUCUCAGUGUUCCUGGACUUGUCUUACGGACGACCAAAGACUCCUGCGACUCAGAAACACCACUGGCACAUUCAUAAAUACCCCAUCAGCACAGAGACAGACAGUGAUGAGGGUUGCUGUGAGUCCACUGGAGGACACUGGAACCCCUACAACAUCAACACCAGUAUAAGCAGCUAUAAAGUGAACUGCAGACCAGAAUGUCCUUUUGCUUGUGAGAUUGGAGACCUGUCCAGAAAACACAAGAUGCUGAAUUUGUCACCAAAUGUAGGGAAUCUACAAAGCAAGAACUUCUUCACGGAUACUACAGCCUGGGUAUUUGGACUGAGCAGCAUGAUUGGUCGGUCUGUCGUGAUCCAUGGCCCUGAUGAGGCUAGCCAUCGCAUUGCCUGCGCGAACCUCACACUCUUGCGCUUCCCUUCGGCUCUGACCGGAUCCUGGAAAGGGUCAGGGUCAUCCAGGGGAAAUGUCCACUUCUUCCAGCUCUCUCCUCAAGGUCCAACCACCCUCAAUGUCUCUCUGACUUAUCUGGAGGCAAAAGCUGGUGGAUACCAUGUCCAUCUGCUCCCAGUAAAAAGUGGACCAGAGGCUUGCUCUAACGAGAAUGUCAUGGGCCACUUUAACCCAUAUGGCAUGAAUAUCACGACAUCUCCAGCACCAGGGAAUGGCACAGUGGAUCAGUAUGAGAUUGGCGAUAUCAGUGGGAAGUUUGGGAGUCUAAGUGAUCAGAACCAAUUUGAGAACCAUUACAAGGAUAGUAACAUGCCAUUGAGUGGACCCAACAGUAUCAUAGGACGGUCACUGGUUAUCCAUUACAAGAACGGCUCAAGGAUGCAGUGUGCUGACAUCACAGCCGUGAACUCCUUCGACGGGCACCAGGUCAUCGCUAAGGCCAUAUUCAACAGCAGUGUAAACGGCACAGUAAUCCUGUCCCAACAGUGUUUUCCUGAUGGCAGCUUCAGUGACGUGACCUUGGUGGUGGACCUCAGAGCAUCAAACACUAUUAAGGUCACAAACGCUUCCUGGUACAUAACCGACAGUUCUAUCAAUGAACUAGGAGCUGGGUGUCCAGGAAAUGGAGGAACUUAUAACCCUUUCAACAUGACAUCUCAGAGCUCGAACUGUUCCCCACUCACCUUUCUGGCUUGCGAGGUUGGAGAUCUGACCAGCAAACAUGGCUCCGUCAGUCUAAUGCAAAGGCAGCUCUUCACAGAUGCACAUCUUCAGCUGGCUGGAGAUUACACAGUCAUUUACAGAUCACUUGUCCUGAGGGCAGGAAAUGAGACCAUCGAUUACGCAGACAUCAUGCCUGUGUCACCGUCUGCGCAGCAAAUCUUCCCGAGAGUGGCCUCUUUCAGUAGAUAUGACUUCCGUGAAAGGGUAGCAAACGUUCUGGACGUCCAAGUGUCUCGGGUGACCAUCUUACCAGGUGCCCUCUCAACCAUGGCUGGAGGAAAGUGCCAGCAAGUCACGUUUCUUGUGUCAGGUAACAUGAGUGAGAAGAAGCUAUCUGCUGUGAAGGACAGCGAGAUGAUGGGCAUGUACAGGCACGCUGAAUGGUGUAUGAAAAGUGGCGUUCCAGGUCUUCUUUCGUCACACGAUGGAACCGUCUACAUCUUCUCCCUGGCCACUGUUUACCUUCUCCUCUGGAUGUCACUGAGACCAGCAGAGUUGAAUUUACUCCCAGAGUUCAACUACAGCUGUACAAAGGCUGCUUCACUCUAUAAGACUCUGUGUGAAUGAACAGUCUUGAGACUGUCAAAGAGCUCAAACCACUCUGAGUCAACUUCUAUAAAAUAAAAAUGUUGGUUUGUUCCCCUUUGUUUUACUAUUACUAUCUGAACAGGACUUAGAACUUGGAAUCCAAUACAUUUUCUUAUAUUGUUCACUGAUUUGGUACAUAUCUUCAUUGUAUAUUCUGUCUAUACACUGUAUUUCAUUGCGGACAUGAAAAAUAUUACAAAUUCCUGCCCUCCACUGCCCCCUAGUGCACGUUUUCCCAACCCUGCUCCUGGAGGGCAUGACAUGACUUCACGUUUUAGUGUUUUUCCUUCUCUCUAAGCAUCUGCUUCGACUAAUCAGCUAAUUAAGAGCCCUUCCUGAGUUGAAGUGGGUGUGUUAGAGCUAGAAAACACUAAAACGCACAGGACAGGUGGUACUCCAGGACCAGGGUUGGGAACUUGUACCCUCAUGGAUGUAGCUUUUAAUCCUCUAGCCAGGCGAACAAUGCUUAGAGUAGCCGUACCUGUACCUUAACCGAUCACGAUGCUGUUUUUCAAAACUGUCUUCAUGUCUGAGCAAAUGAAUGAGCGUACACGUGAUCCUGAACCCUGCUGCUGCGCAGUAUUUCUGUUCCGGUGUUUCAGGCUCGGACUCUCAGACAGAGUCAUGCCAAUUAAGUUUGUUCGUUAAUAUUCGGCCACACCUAGUAAGACCAUUUCCAGAUCAAUUCAACUCAACAGUUACUUAAGACUUGCGUAAAGGUCUGUUAUCUUGAACUUGUUUUCACUCAUGAAUCGUUUUAAGUUAAAGCAGAUAAAUAGGAAAUAAGACAGAUUAUGCUAGUAUGUGGUAAGAAAAUGUGUGCUCGGAGGGGCGUGAUGCAGCAGGACGUGCAAGCAGAGUGCCGCUACCCUCUUAUUUUCAUAAGAACAUGGUCCAGAUUCUGCACGAGUCGUUACCAUAGAAACAAUAAUGUAUCAGAAUGAGUGCGUUAAUAUUAACUUAUCAUGUUACAGGAGGAACUACUGUGGGCGGCACGGUGGUGUAGUGGUUAGCACUGUCGCCUCACAGCAAGAAGGUUCUGGGUUCGAACCCAGCGGCCAGCAAGAGCCUUUCUGUGUGGAGUUUGCAUGUUCUUGCCGUGUCCGCGUGGGUUUCCUCCAGGUGCUCCGGUUUCCCCCACAAUCCAAAGACAUGCAGGUUAGGUUAAUAUGGGACGGCCUUGGGCUGAGGUGGCCUUGAGCGAGGCACUGAACUCCCGACUGCUCCCCGGGCACUGUUAGCAUGGCUGCCCACUGCUCUGGAUAUGUGUGUGUGUUCACUGCUUCAGAUGGGUUAAAUGCAGAGAGGAAAUUUCACAAGUGUGUGAUGAAUAAAGUUGUGCUUUCUUUUUUUUUGCUUUCAUAUCUUCUGACCAAUCAAAUUAGAGAAUUCAGCGACGCUGUGGUAUAAGGCCGUAUGUUUACUCUAAAGCUGCAAUCAAAAGUUUACAUGCACGGAUAUGAACCUCAUGACAAUUUUGAGCUUUCAAUGGAUUUCUCUGAACUGUUCUUUUUCUGUUACUGAAUAUUUGUACAACAUACAUCUUUAAUUGAAAAAACAAGAAGCUGGUGCGCAAGUUUGAAGUUAUUUUGGGUUUUCUGCAGUCAACACAUUGUCAAAGUUAUACAUACAGGGUCAAAAAUGUACACUACCGUUCAAAAGUUUGGGGUCACUUUGAAAUGUCCUUAUUUUUGAAAGAAAAGCACUGUUCUUUUCAACGAAGAUCACUUUAAACUAAUCAGAAAUCCACUCUAUACAUUGCUAAUGUGGUAAAUGACUAUUCUAGCUGCAAAUGUCUGGUUUUUGGUGCAAUAUCUCCAUAGGUGUAUAGAGGCCCAUUUCCAGCAACUCUCACUCCAGUGUUCUAAUGGUACAAUGUGUUUGCUCAUUGCCUCAGAAGGCUAAUGGAUGAUUAGAAAACCCUUGUACAAUCAUGUUAGCACAGCUGAAAACAGUUGAGCUCUUUAGAGAAGCUAUAAAACUGACCUUCCUUUGAGCAGAUUGAGUUUCUGGAGCAUCACAUUUGUGGGGUCGAUUAAAUGCUCAAAAUGGCCAGAAAAAUGUCUCGACUAUAUUUUCUAUUCAUUUUACAACUUAUGGUGGUAAAUAAAAGUGUGACUUUUCAUGGAAAACACAAAAUUGUCUGGGCGACCCCAAACUUUUGAACGGUCAUGUACAUACACUAAUAGAAAUAUGUUUGGCACGCUUGAAACUGGAACAGACUGUUCUGAUUGCUACUUGUUUUGGUUCCUUGAGAUUUAUCUACUUGAGCUUUAUCUUCGCUCGCACAUUCUGCUCUCUGCUGAAUGAAGGUUACCAGUAAUGUCUCUUCUUUCAUAAGAUUACGAUCCUAACGGGUGACGUAAUGGUACGGUAUAUAAUGUCUCUCUUCUUUCAUACAGUAGUGUAGUCUAAACCAGUGAUAUAAUGCUUCAUCACCCAUUUACAUUACUCUGUCACGCAUAGGUAACUUAGCUUAGUCAAUCACAUUGUCAUCUUCCAAUCACAUAGCUAUAGUACACUCUUGAAUGUGAAUAUAUGCUCAUGUUUGUUCUACAAUAAAAUGAGAAACAUCUCUGA